AUGCCGCCCGGGGGGCCCACUGCGCACAAGAGCAGCGGCGCCCAGGCGCCCCUGCACCCGUCCGAAGAAUACCUCGGCGCGAUCGACGAGGGCGGCGGCGACGCGGACGCGCCGGCGCAGCCUCGCUCCAGCAACCACCACGGCGUCGACAUGUCCCCGCAGCCCUGGGACGAGUUCUGGGACAAGAGCGAGGACGUCCACAUACCCGAGCGCGGCACCACCUUCCGCGUCUACCGGGCGGGAGACGAGGGCGCCGUGCUGUUCUGUCUGCACGGCGGCGGCUACACCGGCCUGUCGUGGUCCCUCUUGGCUCGAGAAUUGAAGACUGACGUUCAAGUCGUUGCGUACGACAUGCGCGGCCACGGCGAGUCGCGCUCCGACGCCCCCGCGGACCUCUCGGCCGCGACGCUCGUCGCCGACGCGGUCGCGGUCUGGCAGCGGCUCUUCCCCGCCGCCCCCGGCCGCGCGCCCCCACAGACCAUCGUCGCGGGCCACAGCAUGGGCGGCGCCGUCGCGGUGAAGGCGUGCCUGACGGGGAGGAUCGCGACGCUCGCGGGGCUCCUCGUCGUCGACGUCGUGGAGGGCACGGCGGUCGCGUCGCUCCCGCACAUGCGGUCCGUGCUCGCCAAGCGCCCGCAGCGGUUCGAGUCGCUGUCGGCGGCGGCGGAGUGGGGUCUGUCGACGGGGAUGACGCACAGCCGCGCGGCGGCGCGCGUGUCGCUGCCGUCGUGCCUCGUGCGGGAGGAGGGGGGGUCUGGGUGGGUGUGGCGCACGCCGCUGGUGGACAGCGAGGGGUACUGGGAGGGGUGGUACGUGGGGCUGUCGGGGGAGUUCCUGCAGACCAAGUGCCCGAAGGUGCUCGUGCUCGCCGGGACGGACAGGCUCGACAAGACGCUCAUGAUCGGACAGAUGCAGGGCAAGUUCCAGAUGGUGGUGGUGCCUGACGCAGGCCACGCGGUGCAAGAGGACUCCCCCGGGCGGAUGGCCGAGGUCCUGCGGGAGUUCAUCGCGCGGUACCGCAUCGGGCAGGAAGCGGUCGUGAUCCCGACGGGGGCGGCGGCGGCGGCAGCACGCGCCGCCGCGAGCAAGGGCGCGCGGGUCGACACGCCCUCGGCGACGCGCCCACCGCACUAG